AUGGGAUUCGAAGCGGUCGGCGUCCGCUGCGCAAGGGGCAGUAUCAUCGUCUUUGUGGCCACAUGCCUGCUGGCCACCGUGACGGGCAGUGAAGCACUGUCUCCUAAGAAAGCGGGAGGCCGCUCUGCAGGCGGAGGGGACGAGGUCGCUUACGAGGGUGCUUGGUCUGCGGGAGACGAGAGCCCAUCUCGCCUCAAUGGGUCCACCGAUCUGGAUCGAAUAGCCAGGCUGUCGGCGAAGCGCAGAUGGGAGCACUUCCCCCACUCGCUCUUCAACAGCAGUGCUCCGCAUGUGUUCAGAGGCCAGCUCCCGAAGUUCGUGAAUUCCGCUGGCGAGCACGGGGAGGAACCGAACGCCCUCGAUUGGAUCCUCGUCUCCGUGUGCGCUUCACUCCCGCUCCUCAUCUACGGCGUGGUCCGCGUCUGGGAGGGCCCCGACGCCAGUGGCGAGCACGCGCGCGAGGCCCGGCAAGCGAGGCGCCCUCGGAUCGGAUCCCUGUACCGCCUACACGAUCAGGCCGGCAGCAAGAUGACCCCAGUGAGCUUGCUGAUGCAGGCUUUCGAAUCGGACCUCGCGGAGGGGACCCCGUCGCAGAAUGUCAUAGCCGGGUUCACCGUGGCGCUGGCGAUGAUCCCGAACGUGGUGUCUUUCUCCUUCAUCACGGAGACGUCGCCCGCAAAUGGGCUCUGGGCCUGCGCUUUCAUGAGCAUCAGCACCUCGCUGAUCGGGGGACGCCCUGGGACCGUCUCGGGCGUCUCGGUCGGGACUGCCACGGUUCUGGCCAACAUCUCCACAUCGUACAACAUGGGUGGCCUGGCGCCGAUGGCGCUCUGCGUGUUCGGCGCGGGGGCCAUGCAGAUAUUCCUCGGCUCGCUGCGAGUCUCGAGGCUCAUGACUCUGAUCCCGCACCCUGUGAUGAUCGGAUUUGUUAACGGCCUCGCUCUUGUCAUGCUCCGCUCUCAGCUCCGUCACUUUCAUGAGUACGCUGACGGAGACUGGGUCAGCUACAGCACGUUCGUCGGGAUGAUGGUGGCCGUCGGCGUUUCCAUGUCGGUGGCCGUGGCCUGGAAGAAGGUGCCUGGUGGCGGCAAGGCCAUACCCGCGGCACUCGCUGCUCUCGCCAUCACCACUCUCUUCAGCUUCGUUGUGCCGACCACGACCAUCGGCGACGUUGCCGGCUCGGGCAUGCUGGAGAUAGGAUUCGGCAAGAUCCCCAAGUGGGAUUUCCCACCAGUCGGAAUGGAGUGGGACAACCAUGGCCUGAUAUUCCAGGCGUUCACCCUGUCCUUCCACCUCGCGCUCGUUGGCCUGCUGGAGAGCCUCAUGACACAAGCCCUCGUCGACCAGAUCACUGGCACCAGUGGCUCUAUGAGGCGCGAGUGCUUCGCACAGGGCGGUCUCCUGUGCAUCCUGGCUUCGCUCUUCGGCACGCAGGGUGGCUGCGCCUUGCUCGGGCCCUCACUGUUGAACGUCAGCAGCGGCGGGAGGGGUGUGCCUGUUUGGCCCCCUUGUCAUCUGGCGUGA